UUACAGAUUAUGCAGCUUUGUGGUGCAAAAAGACUUGGUUAUUUUGGAAGAAGUCAGUUUUAUAUUGCUUUGAAACUCGUAGCUGUUGCCCAGUCUGGUUUCCCUUUAAGAGUGGAAAGUAUAAAUACAGUAAAGGACCUUCCUCUGCCAAGAUUUGUUGCUUCAAAGAAUGAACAGGAAUCUCGCCAUGCAGCCUCGUAUUCUUCAGAUUCUGAAAAUCAAGGGUCUUAUUCUGGUGUAAUUCCCCCACCACCUGGCAGGGGGCAAGUGAAAAAGGGAUCCAUAAGCCAUGAUACUGUCCAGCCUCGUACAUCUGCAGAUCAACAGGAACCUGCAUCCCCAGUAGUUUCACCGCAGCAGUCUCCACCAGCUUCCCCACACACAUGGAGGAAGCACAGCCGUCAUCCCAGUGGGGGAAACAGUGAGAGGCCUCUUGCAGGACCGGGGCCAUUUUGGGCUCCCUUUGGUGAAGCACAGUCAGGUUCUUCUGCUGGUGAUGCAGUGUGGUCAGGGCAUUCUCCACCUCCACCUCAAGAAAACUGGGUCAGUUUUGCAGAUACUCCACCAACCAGUACUCUUUUAACCAUGCAUCCUGCUUCUGUCCAGGACCAGACAACAGUACGAACUGUAGCAUCAGCUACAACUGCCAAUGAAAUUCGUAGGCAAUCCAGUAGUUAUGAUGAUCCCUGGAAAAUAACAGAUGAACAAAGACAGUAUUAUGUAAAUCAGUUUAAAACCAUUCAGCCUGAUCUAAAUGGAUUUAUUCCAGGAUCUGCAGCUAAAGAAUUUUUUACAAAAUCAAAACUUCCUAUUCUUGAACUUUCUCAUAUUUGGGAACUCUCAGACUUUGAUAAAGAUGGAGCCUUGACACUGGAUGAGUUUUGUGCUGCUUUUCAUCUGGUAGUUGCUAGAAAGAAUGGCUAUGACUUACCAGAAAAACUCCCUGAAAGCUUAAUGCCCAAACUGAUUGAUUUGGAAGAUUCAGCAGACGUUGGGGAUCAGCCAGGUGAGGUAGGUUAUUCAGGCUCUCCUGCAGCACCUCCAAGCAAGUCACCAUCCAUGCCGUCACUAAACCAGACUUGGCCUGAGCUGAAUCAGAGCAGUGAGCAGUGGGAGACAUUUAGUGAACGCUCUUCAAGCUCACAAACUCUGACCCAAUUUGAUUCUAACAUUGCACCAGCUGAUCCUGAUACUGCUAUUGUUCAUCCAGUUCCCAUUCGUAUGACUCCAAGCAAAAUCCACAUGCAGGAAAUGGAACUUAAAAGAACUGGCAGUGAUCAUGCUAAUCCCACUAGCCCAUUGCUUGUGAAAACAUCUGACCUUUCUGAAGAAAAUAAGAUAAAUUCUUCAGUGAAAUUUGCUUCUGGAAAUACUGUAGAUGGUUACAGUAGUUCAGACUCUUUUACUUCGGAUCCAGAACAGAUUGGGAACAAUGUAACUCGUCAAAGGUCUCAUUCAGGAACGUCGCCUGAUAAUACCGCACCACCUCCUCCCCCUCCAAGGCCACAACCCUCUCAUUCUAGAUCGUCAUCUUUAGAUAUGAAUCGGACCUUUUCAGUCACCACAGGACAGCAACAGGCUGGAGUUGUUGCCCAACCUCCUGCAGUGCCUCCAAGACCACAGCCCUCACAGGCUCCUGGUCCCGUUGUGCAUCGCCCAGUGGAUGCUGAUGGCCUAAUAACUCACACUAGUACCUCACCUCAGCAGAUACCAGAACAACCAAAUUUUGCAGAUUUCAGCCAAUUUGAAGUAUUUGCUGCAUCAAAUGUAAAUGAAGAACAAGAUGAUGAAGCCGAAAAACAUCCAGAGGUCUUGCCGGUUGAAAAAGCUUCUGAUCCUGCAAGUUCUCUUCGAGUUGCCAAAACAGAUAGUAAAAUGGAAGAAAAGACAGCUGCUAGUGCUCCCGCCAAUGUGAGCAAAGGCACGACACCACUUGCUCCACCACCUAAACCUGUUCGAAGAAGAUUAAAAUCAGAAGAUGAAUUGAGGCCAGAAGUUGAUGAACAUACACAAAAGACAGGUGUCCUAGCUGCUGUUCUUGCAUCACAACCUUCUAUUCCUAGGUCUGUUGGGAAGGAUAAGAAAGCUAUUCAGGCAUCAAUUAGACGCAAUAAGGAAACCAACACAGUUUUGGCCAGACUGAAUAGUGAAUUGCAGCAACAAUUAAAGGAUGUUCUUGAGGAGAGAAUUUCCCUGGAAGUUCAACUGGAACAACUUCGACCAUUCUCUCACCUAUAAGCCAAUUGCCGUUAACUGUGAACAUACCCAUUUUUAAGCGAUUUUGGGUUCAAAGCCAAUUUGGAGCCGCAGACAUUCAGCUCACUGCUUAAUUCAACAUUAAAUUUUUAUGAUUCUGUUUUGCCCUAUAUGUUCACCAUUGUAUUUAAGUAUCUUUUAUUUUUUAAUUUCAACAAUAAAAGGGUCAGGAUGACUUUUUCUGGAG